AUGACGCCAUCGCCAUCGGCGAUACUGCUGGGGCCACCGACCAGGCACGCAAACACGGUUAUAUUCAACGCAUCGACAAGCAAGCUGAACAGUUCAGUCUCAAAUGCGACGUACAUUCGUCCCAUCGGUGCCGGACCGGGAACCAUGCCCCUGUACUACGACUCCGUGACGUCUGAAGUUGUCGUGUCGUCGGGGUCGUUGGCAACUACCGGUGCUGAUGGUACCUCGGUCACUGGGAUACACGUUGACUCCUCUGGUAAAUUGGUCGUCGAUUUUACUGAUAGUUCUACCGCCGUUAUUGACGGCGCCCUCAUGGGAAAUGUACACGGCCCACCGGGUACAAUCGGACCCACUGGGCCUGCUGGUGAACAGGGUCCCAGCGUAUCGUCCCUUGAAAUUACCGCUGGGGGUGGUCUAAUGACUACCCUCACGGACGGUACGACGACCAUAACUAGUAAUAUCAAGGGAACUACAGGUCCCUCGGGGGCUGGGAUUAAAACCAUGGAACUUGUCGCUGAUUCGCUCGUUUUCACCCUCACAGACAACAGUGUUGUAACCAUCCCAGGUGCGUCCACUGUGAGUGGUGACGCAGGACCUGACUUCAUUGACGUUAACCUGACAAACAGUACCAUGACCAUUGAGUACUCGGACGGCCAUACAAUGUCUAUACCAAACGUCAAAGGGGCGACAGGCGCAACUGGUAGUGAAGGUGCCAUGGGACCCGAAGGACCACCUGGUGCCAACGCAGGUUCGGGUAUAACAGGAGCCACGGGCGCCAAGGGUCCUGGAGGACCCACGGGACCAACUGGUGCCACUGGUGCCACUGGUGCCACUGGCCCUGAUUCAACCGGGACUGGUGGUACGGGUGGUACGGGUGUUACCGGCCCAGCUGGACAAGAUGGAAAUGAUGUAUAUCCAACAUUUCCCACAUCCACAUGCUACGGCGACUACUUGCGGUGGGACGGGACGGAUUGGGUUCCUGGGGGUGGAAGGGUUGCAAUUGGAUGUCUAGCCGGUGAGCAAAAUCAGAGCGCAAAUGGUGUAACAAUAGGAGACCAGGCGGGGCAGUUUGACCAGGGUGUUGAUUCAGUAGCUAUCGGAUACCGUGCGGGCAAUACAUCCCAAUCGGAUUAUUCGGUUGCAAUGGGACAUAAUGCCGGCCGUACGAAUCAGCAGGAAAAGUGUGUUGCCUUCGGAAGUGGUGCUGGUGAAGAGAACCAGGGUCAUAGCUCCGUAGCCCUAGGGCUAAAUGUGGGGAAAGUGAAUCAGGGAUCAGAAUCAACCGCCAUAGGGUACUAUGCGGGUUACGAAAAUAUGGGAGCUGGAAGUACAUGUAUUGGCAACCAAGCCGGAGAACAUUCGUGUGGUCCUAUGUCACUUACUGUGGGACAUCUUGCCGGCUCUGAUAAUGUCGGACCUGGAUCGGUUAUCAUCGCAUCACACUCGACCUUGGAAACCGCCCACAACAUUACACCGGUUGACAGUGUACAAUUAGACACGGUUUUAGCCGGUGUAGCGACGUUGAGACCCAAAAAGUUCGGAUACAAGGAAAACAUGUACCGUACCGACGACAUUCAAACGCGAGGACACACCGACGUACGUUAUUGCGGACUGAUUGCCGAGGACUUACUUGAGACAACGCCGUCGCUUGUUCAUACAAACGCUGACGGUGCAGCGAUUGAUAUCAAAUGGAACGAUCUAACGGCGUAUAUACUAGCGAUGCAGCAACGUAACGCAGAAGAUCUCAGGGGUAUAAUUACGAGCGUUUAA